CCCCCCGCCCCGCAGCCACGAUGCCAGCGGCCCGGCAGCCCGCCGUGGGACUCGGCGGGAUCUCCCUUCUCCUCGCUCUGCUCCUGGGGAGCCCCGCGGCCGCUCUGGAGGGAGAUGCACCCCUGGAGGGAGACGCUGGUCCUUCGGGUACUUACCUUCUACCCUCAGGAGCACUACUAGAGAGCACUCAUCUGAGCAAAGUCAGCCUGGAAGAGAAAGCGACAACUGCCCCCCUGAGUCCCGUGCAGUCGGGGGAAGAGCUUCAGGAUCCAGAGCUGGAAGGGACAGCCCCCUCUGCCCAUCCAGACCCCGUGGCCCUGUCCACUCUGCUUCCAGAGGAGCCCAGCACCAAGCUCACCUUCUCCCCUAGGAAGAGGCUGCCUUCACUCAAGCAGGUGAACUCAUCCAGGAAACAGCUGAGACCAAAAGCCACCUCUGCAGCCGUCCUCGCAAGGGUGGCGUCCCAGCCCGCAUCCCCAGGCCUGGGUCCCCUCUCCUCCACCACGAGGAAGCCUGGCCCCCCGGGGGACCCUGAUCCUGUGGCCUCCGUGGGUGGGGAGACCCUUCGACUGCCAUCGGAGGAGCCCCUCUGGCUGAACCGGAAGGAAGGUGGGGUCCCCACAACACCCGCCCCCCUGCAGAUCUCUCCCUUCACCUCGCAGCCCUAUGUGGCCCACACACUCCCCCAGCGGCCGGACCCCGGGGAGCCUGUGGGGCCCGACGAGGGCCCUGAGGUUCCUGCUGAGGAUGCCAGUCCCAUGACCGUGAUGGACAAGGGUGAGAAUGAGCUGACCGGCUCCGCCUCAGAGGAGAGCCAGGAGACCACGACGUCCACCAUCAUCACCACCACGGUCAUCAUGACAGAGCAAGCCCCAGCCCUCUGCAGCGUGAGCCUCUCUGAUCCUGAAGGGUACAUCGACUCCAGCGACUACCCACCGCUGCCCCUCAACAACUUCCUUGAAUGCACGUACAACGUGACCGUCUACACCGGCUACGGGGUGGAGCUCCAGGUGAAGAGUGUCAACCUGUCUGAGGGGGAGCUGCUCUCCAUCCGCGGGGUGGACGGCCCCACCCUGACCGUCCUGGCCAACCAGACGCUGCUCGUGGAGGGGCAGGUCAUCCGAAGCCCCACCAACACCAUCUCCGUCUACUUCCGGACCUUCCAGGACGACGGGCUCGGCACCUUCCAGCUGCACUACCAGGCCUUCAUGCUGAGCUGCAGCUUCCCCCGCCGGCCGGACUACGGGGAUGUCACAGUGAUGGACCUGCACUCGGGCGGGGUGGCCCACUUCCACUGCCACCCGGGCUACGAGCUCCAGGGCGCCAAGACGCUGACGUGCAUCAACGCCUCCAAGCCCCACUGGAGCAGCCACGAGCCCGUCUGCUCAGCCCCUUGUGGGGGGGCUGUGCACAAUGCCACCAUCGGCCAUGUCCUCUCCCCAAGUUACCCUGGAAACGCCAAUGGGAGUCAGUUCUGUGUGUGGACAAUCGAAGCUCCAGAGGGCCAGAAGCUACAUCUUCACUUUGAGAGGCUGUCACUGCAUGAGAAGGACAGGAUGAAGGUCUACAGUGGGCUGACCAACAAGUCUGCUCUUCUCUACGACUCCUUUCAAACUGAGAGCGUCCCCUUCGAGGGCCUGCUGAGCGAAGGCAACAGCAUCCGAAUCGAGUUCAUGUCUGACCAGGCGCGGGCAGCCUCAACCUUCAACAUCCGGUUCGAGGCCUUUGAGAAAGGCCACUGCUAUGAGCCCUACAUCCAAAAUGGGAACUUCACCACGUCUGACCUGACCUAUAACAUCGGGACCGUCGUGGAGUUCACCUGUGACCCCGGCCACUCCCUGGAGCAGGGUCCGGCCGUCAUUGAGUGCAUCAACAUGCGGGACCCAUACUGGAAUGACACGGAGCCCCUGUGCAGAGCCAUGUGUGGUGGGGAGCUCUCUGCUGUCGCUGGGGUGGUUCUGUCCCCAAACUGGCCAGAGCCAUAUGUGGAAGGCGAAGAUUGUGUCUGGAAGAUCCACGUAGGGGAGGAGAAACGAAUCUUCUUAGAUAUCCAAUUCCUGAACCUGAGCAACAGCGACAUCCUGACCAUCUACGACGGUGACGAGGUCAUGCCCCACAUCCUGGGGCAGUACCUUGGAAACAGCGGCCCCCAGAAGCUGUACUCGUCCACGCCAGACCUAACCAUCCAGUUCCACUCGGACCCUGCCGGCCUCAUCUUUGGGAAGGGCCAGGGAUUUAUCAUGAACUACAUAGAGGUGUCAAGGAAUGACUCCUGCUCGGAUUUGCCCGAGAUCCAGAACGGCUGGAAAACCACUUCACACACAGAGCUCGUCAGGGGAGCCAGGAUCACCUACCAGUGUGACCCCGGCUACGACAUCGUGGGGAGCGACACCCUCACCUGCCAGUGGGACCUCAGCUGGAGCAGUGACCCCCCAUUUUGUGAGAAAAUUAUGUACUGCACCGACCCCGGAGAAGUGGACCACUCGACCCGCUUAAUUUCGGACCCUGUGCUGCUGGUGGGCACCACCAUCCAGUACACCUGCAACCCCGGCUUUGUGCUGGAAGGCAGCUCGCUUCUGACCUGCUACAGCCGCGAGACCGGCACGCCGAUCUGGACGUCCCGCCUGCCGCACUGUGUCUCGGAAGAGUCCCUGGCAUGUGACAACCCAGGGUUACCAGAAAAUGGGUACCAAAUCCUGUACAAGCGACUGUACCUGCCGGGAGAGUCCCUCACCUUCAUGUGCUACGAGGGCUUCGAGCUCAUGGGCGAAGUGACCAUUCGCUGCAUCCUGGGGCAGCCGUCGCACUGGAACGGGCCCCUGCCUGUUUGCAAAGUUAAUCAAGACAGCUUUGAACACGCUUUAGAAGUAGCAGAAGCGGCAGCCGAGACGUCGUUGGAAGGGGGAAAUAUGGCGCUGGCUAUCUUCAUCCCCGUCCUCAUCAUCUCCUUGCUGCUGGGAGGAGCCUACAUUUACAUCACCAGGUGUCGCUAUUACUCCAACCUCCGCCUGCCUCUGAUGUACUCCCACCCUUACAGCCAGAUCACCGUGGAAACCGAGUUUGACAACCCCAUUUAUGAGACAGGGGAAACCAGAGAGUAUGAAGUUUCCAUCUAAAGAGGGCGGCACUUGAGAAGGGAAUUUACAGAUACGAACUCAACCAGAACCUCCUCGAGAAAUUCAUCCAGAGACCAUAUGGCAUUUGAUUGAAAACCCCAGAGUGUCGGCUGUCUUUUCUUUAGACUCUUUAUUGAAGAUUUCCUGUUUUCUUCACUGUAUUUAUUAUAUUUAAAAUUGAGAUAGGUGUGGUUGGAUGUAUUGCAGCUGCAGCCAGAUUCACGUUACAGCCUCGGCCAAUGCUGUAGGCAGGUGGAAGGACCUGCAAAAUGGCAGACACCACAGCAGAGGGAAAAAAAGCAAAAAGAGGUUGAGUUUCUCCCAUCAGCAACGCCAUUCGGUGGCUGCAUCAAAUUGCAUGCAUCUCUGAGAUCCAUGCCCAUGGUGUUUUCAGUACAAAUCAAAGUCCCCAGAUUAGGUUGGAACGAGUAUCUUUUCUGCUGGAGCAAGGUGGGUUGGAAUUUCACAUGGGUACUUAACCGGGUCUGCACCCAAAUAUGUCCUGCGUUCUCUCUCCCAAUUUCCCCAGCCUCUGAAAGGUCUUGCUACAUCCCCUCCUUCCCGUGGUCCUGCUGAAGGCAGCAAAGACAUUCCAUAAACCUGCUUUUAUACCACCCUGGCCUCACUGGAUGCUGGCAAAAUGAGAAGAUGUUUUCUUUCUAGAAGAGUGAUAAAUGACAAAGAAAAUGUUUCAGAGCGGAUGAGAGAUUUGACAGUUCUGGGCAAAGGGGGACACUGGUUGAGAGAAUCCAGUUAAUAAAAUGUUUUCCUUUGACACUCCUUCAACGAUGAAGGAGCAGCUCAUUUAUCCGACAAGUGCCAGAAUCGAUCCCCGUGUUCGGCAAGGCCAGCCUCCAGCUGUGGUAAUAGAUCCGCAGCUUCGUCCACAGAGUCAGAAGCGUUCGCGUUGGAAGGGAGAUGCCAUGUCCUGAAAU